AUGAUGACGGUGUGCCCCCUUUCCGGCCGACUUUCGGGUUCGGUGCCAGCAGACUGGGCUCAGCAUCCCAUUCACCAGUUCAUUCGCGACGACGUCAACUUCUCUAUCAACACUGACGACCCGACUGUGACCGGACAGUGGUACCUCGAAGAGCAGCUCAUGUGUAUGCGGGAGCUUGGCUUGACUGCUCAGCAAGUGGUCAAAGCAAACUUCCGAGCAGCUCGGGCCUCCUUUCUACCGGAUGACUCCAAGGAGCAGUUGAUCGGACACUUGAAGGCAGGGGCUGGCAUUACAACCAUACGCGGUUGA